AUGUAUCCCUCGGCGGUCGGUGUGUGCGCGCGCUGCAGCCUGCUCCUGGUGCUGGUUCAGGUCCUCGUCCAGCUCCUGGUGCUGGUCUGUCCCGUGGCAGGAUACAGUCUGGACCAGGACCACAGUCUGGAGUUCAGCGGGCCCCCCUCCUCCAUGUUCGGAUACUCAGUCCUGCUGCAUCGCCACAAAUCUCACAAAUGGUUGGUGGUCGGAGCUCCGGUAGCGAACUCGUCCUCCAAUCCGUCCGUUCGGGCCCCGGGAGCCAUUUUCCGCUGCGACAUCACUGCGGAGUCGCAGCACUGCCAACCCAUUCGUGCUAAUGUGUCGUACUGCGGGAAGACGUGUGAAGGAGAAAGUGAUCACCAGUGGCUGGGAGUCAGUCUGUCCAGACAACCUGGAGACAAGGGAGGACACAUCAUGGCGUGCGCUCACCGCUGGAAGAACGUCUUCUACUCAAAGAAGGACAGUCAGAACAACAAGCUGCCUAACGGAGUCUGUUAUCGCUACGGCAGCGACCUGAGGCAGGGCCAGCACAUCAUCCCCUGCUACAGAGACCACCAGAGGAAGUUCGGUGAGGACUACGGGUCAUGUCAGGCCGGCAUUUCGAAUUUCCUGACCGAGGAUCUGAUCAUCAUGGGGGCUCCGGGGACGUCUUAUUGGACGGGUUCGGUCCUGGUCUUCAACACGACCAGUCGAGGGAUGUCAGUGUACCUCGAUGAUGAAGCUGGUGCAGUCAGCUUCGGAAGCUACCUGGGUUACUCUGUUGGAGCCGGUCACUUCCUGAGCCCUGUUACAUCGGAGGUGGUGGGCGGAGCUCCGCAAUACAACCAGAGAGGGAAGGUCUUCAUCUUCACCCUCGACAGCAAUUUGCUUCGGGUCGUUUCUGAAGUGUCCGGAAAUCAGCUGGGAUCUUACUUUGGCUCCAGUUUGUGUGCGGUGGAUCUGAACGCUGAUGGUCUGUCGGAUCUGCUGGUCGGUGCACCCUUGACAACGGGCGCCGUCCGGGAGGAGGGAAGAGUCCACGUGUACAUCAACCAGGGGCAGGCCAAACUGUUGGAGGCGGAGUUUCAGCUGACUGGCAGCGACGCCUACGCCGCCCGGUUCGGGGAGACCAUCGCUGACCUGGGAGACCUGGAUGACGAUGGCUACCAUGAUGUGGCGGUCGGUGCACCACAGGAAGACGACCUGAAAGGAGCCGUCUACAUCUAUAACGGAAGGAAGGACGGCAUCUCACCAUCUCCAUCCCAGAGAAUCACCGGAUCCACCUUGGGUCGCGACCUCAGGAUGUUCGGCCAGUCGCUCAGCUCUGGCAUUGACAUCGACGAUAACGGCUACCAGGAUGUGGCGGUCGGUGCGUUCCUCUCGGACGCAGCUGUGGUUCUCAGGACCCGUCCCGUGAUUAAGGUGAAGGCGUCUCUGGCUCUGCCUGAGCAGAUUGACCAGCGGGUGGCGCUGUGCAGUGAACACAAGACGCCAACGGUCUGCCUCAACGUCACCGUCUGUUUCAGUGUCUGGUCCAGACAGUUCCGAGGAGCCAUAGAUCUUCAGUAUAAUUUGACCUCUGACCUCCUCCAUAAACCGUCCUUCCCUCAUCGUUUCUAUUUCCAUGGUAACGGGUCGUCCAACAGCACAAGGGGGCAAGUGAGGGCGCGACAUGGCCAGCUCGCUUGUACGACACACGUGGCUUACCAAAGGAAAGACGUGAGGGACAUUUUUACCCCAGUCCAGUUUGAAGUUUCUUACAGCCUCAGAGAAUCAAACCACAGAGCCUCUUCCAAAACCUUCCCUCCGUUGAAACCCAUUCUGCAGCAGAGUGCUGGACACCAGAACACUAUCACCAACCAGACUCAGUUUGCUCGCUCCUGUUCUCUGGUGAACUGCUCGACCAACAUGCAGCUGUCGGCUGAGCUGGUGCUGCCACAUCAGCAGCAGUACUUUGCUCUCGGCUCUGGACAGACCAUCGUUUUGAAAACCUCCGUGGUGAACUCCGGAGACGACGCCUUCCUGCCGCGUCUGACGCUGCAUUUCCCGAACAACAUCCACUACAUUAAAGUGCUGCAGAACCAGGACAACCUGGUCAGUUGUGACGUCACACAGGAGACCAACAGUACGAUGGUGGUCGUUGACUGCAGCGUCACCAGCCUCCUGCUGCCGGCCGACGCCCAGCUGAAUAUCAACUUCCUAUUGGACGUGAACCAGAACAGCACGCCUGGUGAUAUCAACAUCCAUGUCAACACCAGCAGUGAUAACUAUGAGCGAGGCGAGUAUCUCCAUGACAACUCCAAGAGUCUCCUCCUUCCUCUUAAAUAUGGAGUCAACAUCAACAUCCACGGUUUUGUGAAUCCCACCUCUUUCGUGUUCGGAGAUGAAGACCUGACUCCGGUUAACUGCUACACUGAAACAUUCAACUACACGUACAAGGUGUUAAACUCCGGUCCCAGCAGGUCUCUAGACACCGUGGUUGAGAUUGUGCUACCGAAGAUCCUCACACCGUACCGACACAGGCUGCUGCAGGUGAUCGACUUGCAGUCGUCUCAUGGUGCGUGUUCCAUCAGCGACACGACCGUUUCAGUCAUCGAGGACUGUGACGUCCCUCAAGCUUCUUUCAUCAAACAACUCAUCUUCUUCUUCUCCUUCAGCUCCACACGCAGAAUGUUUUGUGGCCGUGGCGAUGAGCUGUGUGAGCGGCUGGUGUGUCGCCUCGGGAGCCUGGAGGCAGGAAGAGACGCCACCAUCCAACUGGAGACCAGACUGAACCCCACUGUGCUACUGCAAGCUCCGGGUCGUCACAGUAUCAUGACGCUGGAGAGCACAGCGACGAUCUCGUCCCCCAGAGAAGAUCCCCACACCAUCCUCGUCCAGAAACAUCCUGCAGUACAGGUGGUGGUUGAAGCUCUUUUUACCCAGAAGCCCUCGACGACGGUGAAGGUCUUCAUCAUCGUCGUCAGUUUAGUUCUGGGUCUGAUGAUCCUGGCCGCUCUCAUCUGGUGUCUAUGGAAGGCUGGUUUCUUCAAGAGGGAACUCCAGAAGAAGGAGGAGGAGUUCAGGAGACACAGCUGGGACUACGUUCCUAAGAGCAGCGAGCGAGAGAGCGUUUCCUAACCCCAGCUGUCACCUCUGCUCCACCCGUGACCUUCGACCCGUGACGGACAUUGGACACCGACGGCCAAAAUGAAAACGUGUCCGAACUUGUGUCAGAGGUUUGAAGUCAGACCUGUCUGAUGAACACGUCUCAAGUGAACGCCCCCCACCCCCCUGACUGUGAACUUUUAAAUUAUUUUUGCCUGAUGUGCCUCCACAACUACAGAGAAAAUCAAAGACUUGGAAAAAGUCUGCAGCUACGUACAGACGGAGGAUGAAUAAAAAAAAGGGAAGUGAACCUGAACCAUUCGAAUGUGGACCAGUCAAGUCUCAGGGUUUCCUGGGAUAAUGAUGACGGCCUCCGUUUGGACUCUUACAAGAGGAAAUGAACCAAAGGAAGUGACCUUCAACCUCAGGGGAUGGAAGCCUGGCCCUCUGAUUGGCUCAUAGCUCUCUGGGAGGCCUCCCCUUUUUUUUUCUAUACAGUAUUGUUAUUCGGCCGCUGUCCAACACACACACACACACACACACACACACACACACACACACACACACA